AGGCCGCGGGACGAGGGCCGGAAAGCGGCUGCCGGUGGCCGGAAGAGCGCGCCCGGGGUAAGCUGGCCCAGCGAGACGGAGCCAGGGCGGUCGGCGGAACACCAGGGAGCUCGAGGGUCCAGCCAGAGAGCGCCCCCUCCCAUCAGAUGCUCUGACCUCUCACCCCUUGUCGGUCAUAUCUCGGGCCCUGUGCAGGCCCGGGUUUUCCAAGCAGUCGCACCAUGAACACAUCCCCAGGCACGGUGGGCAGUGACCCGGUCAUCUUGGCCACAGCGGGCUAUGACCACACGGUGCGGUUCUGGCAGGCCCACAGCGGGAUCUGCACCCGUACAGUGCAGCACCAGGACUCCCAGGUGAACGCGCUCGAGAUCACGCCUGACCGCAGCAUGAUUGCUGCUGCAGGUUACCAGCACAUUCGCAUGUAUGAUCUCAACUCCAAUAACCCCAACCCCAUCAUCAGCUAUGAUGGGGUUAACAAGAAUAUCGCAUCUGUGGGCUUCCAUGAGGAUGGCCGCUGGAUGUACACGGGUGGAGAGGACUGCACCGCCCGGAUCUGGGACCUCAGAUCCCGGAACCUGCAGUGUCAGCGGAUCUUCCAGGUGAAUGCGCCCAUUAACUGCGUGUGCCUGCAUCCCAACCAGGCAGAACUCAUUGUGGGGGACCAGAGCGGCGCCAUCCACAUCUGGGACUUGAAGACUGACCACAACGAGCAGCUGAUCCCCGAGCCCGAGGUCUCCAUCACAUCUGCCCACAUCGACCCUGACGCCAGCUACAUGGCAGCAGUCAAUAGCGCUGGGAAUUGCUAUGUCUGGAAUCUGACUGGGGGCAUUGGUGAUGAGGUGACACAGCUCAUCCCCAAGACCAAGAUCCCAGCGCACACUCGCUAUGCCCUGCAGUGCCGCUUCAGCCCUGACUCCACGCUCCUUGCCACCUGCUCUGCUGACCAGACCUGCAAGAUUUGGAGGACAUCCAACUUCUCCCUGAUGACAGAGCUGAGCAUCAAGAGCAGCAACCCUGGAGAGUCGUCCCGAGGCUGGAUGUGGGGCUGCGCCUUCUCAGGGGACUCCCAAUACAUCGUCACCGCUUCCUCUGACAACCUGGCCCGGCUCUGGUGCGUGGAGACAGGAGAGAUCAAGAGAGAGUAUGGCGGCCACCAGAAAGCCGUCGUCUGCCUGGCCUUCAAUGACAGUGUGCUGGGCUAGCCUGCGCCUCCUCAGCAUUGCAGGCAGCCAUCUGGGCACACCAGCUCAAUAUGCCUGUUCAGCUGCCAAGGUCAGAGUGAACCCCCACGGGCUAGCCUCUGCCACCCUAGGCUAGCUAGACCUGACUGACCUACCCAGGCCCCCUGAGCCAACCUAGACUAGCCAGGCCCGUCCACCCUGGGGCCCUGUCAGUGCCCAAUUGUCAUCUGGGUGUGAAAGGACUCAGGAGGCCUGCCCGAGCCUGCCUGCACUGCCCUCAGAAAUGCCGGACCCACACGGCCUAGAGCCGCCGAGGGGACCUGAGGCUGGUGCCCACCCCCAAGUCAGUGCUUUUCCCUCCCACCGGUUUCACUUCCUGAGGCCACAGAGAACACCUCACGGCCAGGUGGAGGGGUUUAUUAGCGCCGCCAGUAGCUGCCCUCCGGUGCUGGUGACAGGGCCGCCAGCUG